GCAAAGUUUCAAUUUUAAGCCGUGUAUUCUUGCGUAUAACGCAGACCUAGUACUCCAGAGUUAACAGCUAACAGCUACUCGCGGAAUUAGUGAAUUCCAGGCGUGAUGCGUUACUUGGCUGCGUUUCUUCUCUGUCAGUUAGGUGGUAAGGAGAAACCUACGGAAAAUGAUAUCAAAACUGUCCUAAAUUCUGUUGGCAUUGAACAUGAUUCUGAGAGACUCGACAAACUGUUGUCUUCGAUAUCUGGCAAAGAUAUACCACAACUAAUUGCUGAAGGAUCUACGAAGUUAUCCUCCAUACCAUCAUCCGGUGCUGUUGUCUCUUCUGCACCUGCUGCGGCAGCAUCAAGUAAGACUGAAGCCCCGCAAGAAGUCAAGCCAGCAAAGGUGGAGGUCAAAGAAGAGUCCGAAUCAGACGAAGAUAUGGGCUUUGGGCUAUUUGAUUAGUACACUUAAAAAUAAAUGAAGUACGGUUCAGAUGCUAGUAUUUUGAAUUCAUGAAUGAUCUGGGUCGAUCUCUUUCAACGUUACUCCAUCGCGUUUAUUUGUACUGUAAAUAGUCAAGUUCAGGUCCGAUAUCUUAUAAAAACAGUAGGUUUGUCACAAGCUCCUUAAUUAAGAAUUUUGACGCCUACCGUUUAAGUUGCUGCGACGUUUAUCCAAAACUGUUAGAUGUUUUCAGGUCUUAUUAAAAAGCACGGAUAUCAUGC